ACCGCACUGCUUCUUAGAAAUCCACCUUGACCAUUGACCGUCAUUGACCAUCAUCUACAGCCAUUGCGCUACCUUCGGCAAAGGCACUCCAGGUGGAAUAGAUUGUCCCUAUUUUCUUAAUAAAACGAAUGUUUUAUUGCUAUAAAGGAUUCACUAUUUAAGGCUACUCUUCUUUGUGUUUAUCAUAAGAUGAACUCUUCUAGUACUAGUAGUGAGUCCUUUAGAGUCCAACAGGACAAUACUGAAGAUCCUCCAUACGACCUUUCCUCGAAUACUCCCCUUGAAGCCUUUCAAGUUCCUUUGACCAUACUUGAGGAUCAAGAAGAUAAUAUGAAUAACUCGACUCUGAGUCCCCUUGAAGAGAUGUCUGACCAGUCAGAGUCUCCUAUACAGCAAACUAGUUUGGAUCUUGAGUCAACAUCUAAGUCUCCUGAUACUUUUUAUCAAUUUACCAAGUUUCCUCAAGAGAUUCAAGAGAAGGUUAUUGAAGAGUAUAUACAGUUACUCUCACCUAAUCUUUCGAUCAUCAAGGAUCAGGCACAGAUACCUAUUACACAAGACUUGAACCAACAGGCGGAGUCAUCCCAGUUGUUGAAUCAUACAAUUGCUUACGAGCUAGAAAAUUCUCUUCAUAAUAUACUUCUUGUGUCUAAGGCCAUGUAUAAGAUGGUUGCGGGAUACAUGACAAGAAAUGCAGUUUACAUCGAUGGUCCUUUCAAUUUGCAACGUCUACUCCUUUUUGAGAAGCGUCAAAGAAAAGAUUGGAGCAAUGAAAUCCCUACACAAAAGCCAAUCAUCAACAGACCUACAAAGAUUUACCCCUUUGGAGUUACAUACUCCUUUACUAAUGAGAAUUGUGGGGACGUGACUGGUUUGGCUCCCGGUAAGAUAGCUGAAUCACCAUACCACUUUGAUUCUUAUGGUGCAGGACCAUGGUGGAAACGUCCAGACUCUCAUGAUUCUAAUGAAUUGAUGGCACAAAUUUAUGAGAAUGAUGAAGAACAUGGGGACUGGAAUUGGCUUAAUAUACCAGGUUGGGUUAGGGGGGGUAGUUACAACAUUGGUGGGCAUUUGAAUCUUAGUGAUGGGUCAAUUGAUGAUAACAAAUCAAUUAAGGAUUAUGGAUCUGUUGAGGACAGUGGUGAUUCUGAUGACCGGAGCCAGAUGGAGGUAGAUUGUGGUGAUGGGUUGAAUAAGGGGGAUUAUGAACCGGGAUCCUUUCUUACUCAUGCGAAGACUUUGAUCUUGGGGCCGGGAGCUUCUGAGAUGCACGAGUCCGAUAUUCCCCACUAUGUUUCUAGCCUUAGUCGUGGACAAGAUACAGAGAUGGUCGCAGUAUACUAUCGCAUCCCGGCAACUCAUCUUCUAAGUAAGAUGUUCGGCAGAUUAGAUAAUCUAGCCAGUCUUAAAAAAUUGGUAAUUUCUGGACACAUCUGGUCAAACCCCUGGCUUUUUGUUCCACGACCUGUCGACUCAGAUCUUAGGUUUCCGAAUCUUACCCAUCUUACUCUUUCCCUCCCCUUUGCAGCCCAUAAGGAGGCCUCACCUCUACGGAGUCUUCGUUACUUCCGUGAACGCUCUGCCGAUCGACAUCUGUGUAUGCUUCUCACGGGAAGAUACAGAAUUCCCGGCGGAGUUGUGAUUGAGAAUGGUUCAACUUUCCUCAAUACCCUCGAGUACCUCCAUGUUAGAGGUCCGGGAGCACACUGUUGCUCCCAACUCUGGAAGGGUUGCUGGAAAAAACUAAACUCAAUUAUCAUUGAACUCCCAACUACGGCUGCUAUAUGCGAACCCGGGACAGAGAACCUCAUUUCGGCGAUUAAAGAUAAUUUUUUGAACCGUCUUCCCAAAGCUGAAGUCCAAGUCAACCUCCGCACCAUUCUGCCUUGGUUUGAUUCCCACUUUGGCCACUACUUCUGGAGACGAAUGAAAGACCGGAUUAUAAGUACGGAGUCGUAUCCCGGCGAGGCUCUCCCCUUGGCUCACUCCCCUUCGGGUAUUAACGUCGUCCUCUUCAGCAAGUCCAAUGAAGAACAUACCAUUAUCCAAGCCCACCCAGAUUGGUUGGCUGCGAUUAAUAACAUCCAGCAUGAGGAAAAACUUCAUGCAAAUGGUACCAUUGAGUAUUUCAAAAACCGUGAUGGAGUUGACGCUAUGGAAAUGGUUUGGGAACAGGACCAUAUUUGGAUUACGGCCGAAAAUCAUAUCAACACCCCCGCCCCCGCCGAAGAGAAUCCCGGGGCCUCCGAAGAUACCGCCACCGUCGCACCCUAUCAAUCUGGGAGUCCAUACCUCGCCAAUGUUCUAAAAAAGGAAAAGGGGGAACCCGACUAUUCGACCCUCAUCCAUGCUGCCGACGAUGAAUUUCUCCGCCAGGAACACGAGUACCUGGAGCACAUCGCCAACGCAUUGAAAAAGGGCCAUACUCCCGGGUUGCCCUAAACUUUCACUUAAAAUGGUCUUGAAAAUUGGUUUGGUUUAGUAUGAACGGCAAGUGUGAGUUAUAAUGGGUAUUGGGAUGAAAAUAGAUUUAGGUACUGGUCAAUUUUCUCGAUCUCUUUUGAUUCUUAUACUCAUGUAUUACUCUUUGCUUUUUUUUUUUUCUUUUCCUUGCCUCGCAAUACUGGCUGCCACCUUGUUUCCUUCAUUUUCAUUUUCAUUUUUUCAUGUCUUCAUGAUCUCCACUCUGUACGCGACUCUUCAAUAAAAGCUUUAUGCACAAAA